AUGAACAACAUCGACGAGGAAUAUGACCGGCUUGUUGAACACCUUCACGACUGCGCGGAGAAGGCUGAGAGUCUUAAAACCACCAAGAGACGCCUAGAAGCGAUAAAGGAAGACCUUAAAGAGAGAAGAGCAGAAGUGCUGGCUGAAGCUGCAGAGGCGGGGAAAAGCAUCCGCUAUGCCCGUCGAGACAUCGCCAGUCGCAAGACGAGGAUGAUUGCUCUCCGGAACCCAAAGGGAACAGCCAUUGCAUCGAGAAGGGGGAUGGAGAAAAUAAUCUACGACUUCUACUCUGAUCUCUUCGACAGCCAUGUCCACUUGCCUCCUCACCAUCUGAGGGAAGAUGGACAAGUCAUUCCAGAGGUUUUCCCUCUGAAAUACGACAUGCUAUCAUGUCGCCUUCCGCCAGUACUCAUCAACACCCUGGUGAGGCUCUUUACACGUUAUCUGUCGGAAUGCAAUGUUCCUAAACAGUGGAAGACGAGAAAGACCGUGUUGUUGUAUAAAAAGGAAGAUCCACAUGACAUCGGCAACUAUCGUCCAAUCUGCCUACUGUCCGUCAUCUACAAACUCUUUACAAGAGUAAUCCUUAAUAGGAUUGAAACAGUCUUGGAUGAAGGACAGCAAUGCGAGCAAGCAGGGUUUCGAAAAGGAUUCAGCACGAUUGACCACAUUCACACUGUUUCGAAACUCAUCGAGGUAUCACGAGAGUACAAGAUGCCGCUCUGUCUCACCUUCAUCGCCUUGAAGAAAGCCUUUGACUCAGUUGAGACGGAAGCGGUCGUGGAAGCCUUGGACAACCAAGGCGUCCCUACUCAGUACAUAAAGGUACUUCGAGAGUUGUACAGUAAAUUCACGACCGGAAUUUCGCCAUUCUACAAGAACGUCAUCAUUGACGUGAAGAGGGGGGUCCGACAGGGAGGAGACGAGCGGCUUGGAGGUCUUCUUCACUACAUCGAGGAUGUAGUGAAGAAGACCAGGAACACCCGGCUCCGUGCUCACCUCUUCAACACCACCGUACUUCCUGCUUUGACCUAUGCUUCGGAAACCUGGGCAUUUCGCAAGCAGGAAGAAAACGCGGUGAGCGUCAUUGAACGCGCAAUUGAGAGAGUGAUGCUAGGAGUAUCCCGUUUCAUGCAAGUGAGGGACGGGAUUCGAAGUUCUCUCCUACGUCAACGAUCGAAGAUUAGAGACGCCGCCGCGUUUGAAAAGGAAAGUAAAAUAAGUUGGGCCGGACACGUGAUGCGCUUCAACGACAACCGUUGGACCAGAGCCGUGAGCGACUGGGUUCCCCGCGAUAUUAAGUGCACUACAGGAAGACCGCCGACCCGAUGGUCAGAUUUCUUCACGAAGUCCUUCAAAGAAAAAUAUGAUGCUCUUCGUGUCCCACGCGAAAGGAGGGACCACUGGGCUACUCUGGCACGCGAUCGGGACAAAUGGAAGAAUUACUGGCGCCCGCUCGACCAGUUCGAAGAUCAACGGGAGCCAAGGUGA